ACAAACUAAAUUAUUAAGUUAAAUAACAGAUAUUGAUAUAUACCAUUGUUAUACUGAUUUCUUUCAUAAUGGGUUUAGGAGAAAUAUAUCAUUAUUUGUUCGUAGAACUAUCGGUUCCACGAACUCGCGAAUGGCUAUUUAUAUCUUCGCCAUAUCCAUUGAUGCUAAUUACUUUAGGAUAUGUGUAUUUUGUUCUUUAUGCUGGACCACGAUUCAUGAAAAACCGACCGCCAUAUGAGUUGAAAAAUUUUAUAUUAAUUUAUGAUGCGAUUCAAAUUCUGGCGAACUUAUGGUUUGUCCAAAAGCAUGUAUCUUAUGGCUGGUUUUCAGAAUUCUCUAUAUUAUGUUCGCCGCCUAAUUCAGAUUCUAUUAAUGCAAUUAAAAUGUUUAAUUUGAUAUGGAUGCUGAUUUUCGUGAAACUUUUUGAUUACGUCGAAACCGUCGUAUUUGUAUUAAGAAAGAAACAAAAUCAAGUAUCUGGUUUACAUGUGUAUCAUCAUAUAUCUAAUGUGAUAUUUAUUUGGUAUUAUUUGACGUACAUUUUGGAUGAAAGGGCAACAUUUAUUUCAUUGUUGAAUUGUUUCGUGCAUGUAAUCAUGUACAUAUACUAUUUCAUCGCUGCAUGGAGUCCGAAACUCCAACAGAUGAUAUCUCCCAUUAAACCAUUUAUAACUAAACUGCAAAUGGUUCAAUUUAUCGUGAUGAUAAUUGUUUUGCUGCAAUUUUUAAGUCCUAAUUGCGUGGUGCCACGAGGAUCAGUACCUAUUUUUAUUGGAAAUUUAUUUCUAUUUCUGUACUUAUUUUAUAAUUUUCAUAAGGAAAACUACACUAAGUCACCUAAACAGAAGAAUAAUUAAAAUAGGUGGUAUCAUAUUAUUUAAAUUAAACAAAUACUACUAAUUAUACAUAGUAUUUAUUCCAUUACUUAAAACCGAAAAUUACUUAGAACAUUAAAAAUUACCUAAAACAAUGCCACAGCAGUCUAAGCUAGAUCACAGGUGCUUUUAAAUAAUUGCAUGUGAAUUUAUAUACUACGUAUGUAAUUUUUCGAUUGC